AAGUUAAUUAUCAGGGGGCGUCUUUGAGGAAACAUAGUCGACAGAUUGACAAGGCAAACCCUAGAAAACGAAAACAUUGAAGAUAUAGCUUCUAUUCGCGCCUAAAAGUCAGGCUAAAGGGAGUUAACUCCGGUCCCUAGACCUGACGGAGAUAAGAUAAGGAAUUUCCCCUGUAGGUGCUUUGUGUGGUGCGCUCCGCUUGGUCACGUGAGCCGGUUCCAAGAUGGCGGCAGGGGUGGCCGGGUGGGGGGUUGAGACAGAAGAGUUCGAGGAUGCGCCUGAUGUGGAGCCGCUGGAACCCACUCUUAGCAACAUCAUCGAGCAGCGUAGCCUUAAAUGGAUAUUCGUCGGGGGCAAGGGUGGCGUUGGCAAGACCACCUGCAGCUGCAGCCUGGCAGUCCAGCUGUCCAAAGGGCGGGAGAGUGUUCUGAUCAUUUCCACAGACCCAGCCCACAACAUCUCCGAUGCAUUUGACCAGAAGUUCUCCAAGGUGCCCACCAAGGUCAAAGGCUAUGACAACCUCUUUGCUAUGGAGAUUGACCCCAGCCUUGGCGUGGCAGAGCUGCCUGACGAGUUCUUUGAGGAGGACAACAUGCUAAGCAUGGGCAAGAAGAUGAUGCAGGAAGCCAUGAGCGCCUUCCCAGGCAUCGACGAGGCCAUGAGCUAUGCGGAGGUCAUGAGGCUUGUGAAGGGCAUGAACUUCUCAGUGGUGGUGUUUGACACGGCGCCCACGGGCCACACGCUGAGGCUGCUGAACUUUCCCACCAUCGUGGAGCGGGGCUUAGGCCGCCUCAUGCAGAUCAAGAACCAGAUCAGCCCCUUCAUCUCACAGAUGUGCAACAUGCUGGGCCUGGGGGAUAUGAAUGCAGACCAACUGGCCUCAAAGCUGGAGGAGACACUGCCCGUCAUUCGCUCUGUCAGCGAGCAGUUCAAGGACCCUGAGCAGACGACUUUCAUCUGCGUGUGCAUUGCUGAGUUCCUGUCCCUGUAUGAGACAGAGCGGCUGAUCCAGGAGCUGGCCAAGUGCAAGAUUGACACACACAACAUCAUUGUCAACCAGCUUGUCUUCCCAGACCCCGAGAAGCCCUGCAAGAUGUGUGAGGCCCGCCACAAGAUCCAGGCCAAGUACCUGGACCAGCCCCCUGACCUCUGCCCUCUGCCCCCUGCCCUGGCCACAGAUGGAGGACCUGUACGAAGACUUCCACAUUGUGAAGCUGCCUUUGCUGCCCCAUGAGGUGCGUGGGGCAGACAAGGUCAACACCUUCUCUGCCCUCCUCCUGGAGCCCUACAAGCCACCCAGCGCCCAGUAACACCGCUGCCAGCCCCAGCUGCUACCAUUUCCACCCACCCUCCACCCCAUUGGGGCAGAGUUUGCACAGAGUCCCCCCCAUAGUACAGGGGGAGCCAUUUGGAAGGUGGGAGACAGGGAGGGGUUCUGUUCCCCCUGGUGGGGCUUGGGAGGCUGUAGCUGCCCCCACCUCUCCCCGCCUCUCGCACCUCAAUAAAAAUUAUCUUAAACCAUA